GAGCACCCUACUGAAAAGACUCCAAGCUCGCCUCUGAGCUCCUUUAGUCGCCCGCACGAUCUCCGCCACGGUGCGGCUCGUGGCACGCGAAGUGCGCGUCGCAAAGAGAUUGUCUCCGCUUUUUCCUGGGAGGCCUUGACCAUUGAGAAAGCUAGAACCGGGGAGCUUGCAACCUCAUCCGGAAACAGUAAAGGUCCGCAACAGCGCCCAGUUGCUGUUGCACCUCCCAGUACAGCACCAUCCAAGAUGUCACGGAAUCGUCCUAGGGGCCCUCCGCUGCCUAGAGACAAUGGUCUCGCGGCCAAUGAGGAAACUGAUAUGUGGAACAAGAUCCUCCAGGAUCUACGAAAGGCAAAGGAGAAGAACGAUAAGCAGAAGUCAUUAGCCGAGCAGAUAUCUGCGUUGAAUGAGAAGGUUGGCAAAGAUGGUGGGAAGCCGAGUCUACAUGAGCAUAACCAGCUGGAUAGUCUAUAUCGGCAAAUGCUCAAGCUUUGUGAAGAUGAGAGAGCCAUUCUUCAAGAUGAACCGAGUGAUGUGAUCAAGAACUUGGGCCUUCUGACCGCACUUCGUCAGGCAUCUGAAGCAGAGGCGCCACUUAACCGUGCGGCUGCUCUUGGGAAAUCUCGUAAAAAGAGAAAUGACGUGGACGGGUCAGCUACUGACUCGCCGGGGCCUUCGGGUGCCUCUUUACCGGACAAAGCUGGUCGUAUUAAGGGGGGCAUCCAACGUGGCUCCAGCGUGUCCAGCAACCAGGCUCGUGACAGCCGUGACAGUCGAGAUGUUCACGUUAAAGUGGAGGAAGGCACGGAAGGCACCAAGGGUACACUUGCCGAGCGCAAUGGACACUUGGUGGUUGGAGCCGAAGUAGUCUUCAAACACAACAAGAACAAGCAAGGGGUCGAAGGUGAGGGGAUCCAGUGCAUCAUCAAAGGGAUUUCUGGAGAUGGACAUAAGAAGCGGUAUGAUGUACAGGAUCCUGAGCCGAAUGAAAAUGGUGAGCAGGGAGCGGUUUACAAAACCACCGCUGCGUCUUUGAUCCCAAUCCCGCAAGUUGGCUCGACAUUACCAAGUUUUUCAGUAGGAAAACAAGUUCUGGCGAGAUACCCGGAUACUACGACUUUUUACCGGGCAGAGGUGAUGGGGUCCAGAAAAGACACCUACCGUCUCAAGUUUGAAGGCGAAGAAGAUGACAAGGAGAUGGAAGUGGACCGUAGGUUUGUCCUUGACAUUCCCGGAAAGUAAAGGAAGCAGAGAAAUGCGAAAGGCUACAUAAAAAAAAAAAAAAAAA